AUGGUCAUGGUGACAUCAGUCCCAAUGAUCUCGUCCCACAAGCAAGUUCACAUGUUCACAAGCACCAUAAAUGACAGUGACAUGGAGCAGUUGCGCGGUUUCAAGAAGGCAGGAGGGGGGACAGUGAGUAAAAUGACGCAGAGACAUGCCUUCUUUGGUUGGGACCCUAUGACCCCAAGGGCCGUGGGGAGGUUGGAAGUAGCUGCAAAUGGGGGGGCUUUUUGGCAAUUGCACUGGGAUAGUUUAGCUCGGUGUGUUUCCCACAGAGAGUCAGGAGACUUACAUGUCUCCUUCGCUUCAUCACUGUCUGUCAAAGCUAGCUUCUUAUCUUUAGAGUUUAGACUCUCACAGGAUGACUUCGUGUUCAGUUGUAUAACUGCAUCUGUCAGAGAUAGAAAUGAAGGCAUGGCCAGAACCUUGUUACACAUGCAACGCCAGAUAAUAACAGCAGAAAUUAAUGGUCUUGCUUGUUACUACUCUACUUCCCCCUCAUCUUCCACUUCUUCUCCUUGUUCUUCAAUGGGACUGAUCGAUAGAGACAUUGGUUCUCUUUGUCCCAAAUCUGGAAUGACAACACCUACCUCUUCUUUUCAUGAAAUGGAAAAUGGGAGGCUUACUUGGGGAUUUCCUUUCAUGGGAAACUACCAUGCUAACAGUGAUACUGCUGUGGAGGUCAGGGUUUCUGAUAGCAGUGAUGGGUUCGGAGAGAACAAUGAGACUGUAAAUCACGAUGCUAACUCAUCUAAUGAAGAAAACCCAGAUGAAAAUAUGAUGAGUGGCAAGGAAACAGAAAGUGGGCAGUCAAAGCUUUGUACAAGAGGGCAUUGGAGGCCGGCAGAAGAUACCAAGCUGAAAAAACUCGUGGCUCUUUAUGGCCCUCAAAACUGGAACCUUAUAGCUGAGAAGUUAGAAGGUAGAUCAGGUAAGAGCUGUAGAUUAAGGUGGUUUAACCAGUUGGAUCCAAGGAUAAACAGAAAAGCUUUCACUGAAGAAGAAGAAGAGAGACUAAUGCAAGCUCAUAGACUUUAUGGCAACAAAUGGGCCAUGAUAGCAAGACUUUUCCCUGGAAGGACUGAUAACGCAGUCAAGAACCACUGGCAUGUCAUAAUGGCAAGAAAAUAUAGAGAACAAUCAAGUGCUUACAGGAGAAGGAGGCUAAGUCAAUCUGUCAACAGAAGAAUGGAGGAAACUCCAAGCUUUGUUGGUAGAGAUGCAGGCAUGAAAACAGUAUCACCACCAUAUUGUCCCAACAUCUCCAGUGCUGGUGGACUAAACAAGUUAUCUCCUUGUCAAAUUGGAAACUUUAAUGGUGCUGGUCGCGGUGGGGUUGACUAUGGCUUAAAUGGAUCCCCCCACAUGACCAGUGGGGGAGAAGCAGUCUCAAGCAUUAAGGUUCCUCAAAGUGGGUUUUUUGCACAGCAGACACCUUUUGAUUUCUUCUCUAGUCCCAAAAGUAAUGACAUGAUGGGCAUGUUCAGCCAAACCAUAUCAUGGGAUAGGCCAAAUAAUGAACCCCGCAUUUCUGGUUUCCAUCCCCAACAACACCCUUCAUACAUACUGACAAUGCAACAGUCAAACCAUCAAUACCCUUAUUGCUUCUCAGACUCCACAGCGUCAACAUUACCUCAAGCAGUUUCAGCCAGUGAGCCUUCACGCUCAUCCCCAUCAGUGGCAGAUCAGAGCAGGGUUAGCGGCCAUUUUGAGACCGUUCCACCACCAUUCAUCGACUUUCUCGGGAAACUGAAACUUGUGUCAAACAUCCUUUUCUCACGGGCCUGCAGAAUUCAGGCACAAAGUCUGCAACCAGAAGCAAACACCACCCACCCCUCCCAGUGCAUUCAUGAUGGGAACUGUUGA